ACGCGGCUGAGUCUCAGUCGCACGGGGCAGCGCGUCCCGGUACCAGUGCGCGCGUACGCGAGACGUUCCGAUUUUUCGAUUUUUAUGUGAAAAUAACGAAGGACAUGAGUGCGAUACAGAGAGGCUUGCAGCGACCGAUGCUCGGGCCCGGCCGGAGCUGGGCAUUCAGGAACAAUACCUCCGGGCUACUCGUUAACUCGUCCAGAUGCAUCAGUAAGUCUAGGGAGAAGGAAUUGUUGAAAAGACACGAGCACAGCCUCCGAGGCAAGGUGAUAGCGAUUCGUCGAGAGGACCAGUCAGUAUGGGAACGUCGUGCCCCGUUGGCCCCGUCGAACGUUCGCCGGUUGAUCCGCGCCGGCGUCAAGGUUAUCGUGCAACCGAGCAACCGACGAGCUUACCCUGCUGGCAGUUACCUGGCUGCCGGUGCCCAAGUCCAGGAAGACAUCAGCACCGCCUCCGUCAUCUUCGGUGUGAAGCAGGUGCCCAUCGACGCGCUCAUCCCCAACAAAACCUACUGCUUCUUCUCCCACACGAUCAAGGCCCAGGAGUCCAACAUGCCUAUGCUCGACGCCAUCCUCGACAAGAACAUCAGGUUGCUGGACUACGAGAAGUUGACCGAUGACAAUGGACAGCGACUGGUCGCUUUCGGAAAGUACGCCGGGGUCGCUGGAAUGGUUAACAUUCUCCAUGGAUUGGGUCUCAGGCUACUGGCUCUGGGCCAUCACACGCCGUUCAUGCACAUAGGACCGGCCCACAACUACAGGAACUCGGGCAUGGCCAGGCAAGCGAUCAGAGACGCUGGUUACGAAAUCGCCCUGGGUGCGAUGCCCAAGUCCAUUGGCCCGCUGACUUUCAUCUUCACCGGCAGUGGCAACGUCAGUCAAGGUGGACAGGAGGUCUUCCAGGAACUGCCCCACGAGUACGUGCCACCGGAGAUGCUUCGUAAAGUCGCCGAACACGGAGACGCGAAUAAAAUUUACGCAUGCGAGGUCCGUCGUCGUCACCACCUCGAGCGUAAGGAAGGAGGCGGUUUCGACCCGGAGGAGUACGACCAACACCCGGAGCGUUACAUCUCGACGUUCAGCAAGAAGAUCGCGCCUUACGCCUCGGUCAUCAUCAACGGGAUCUACUGGGCCGUCGACUCGCCGAAACUACUAACCAUACCCGACGCCAAAAACCUGCUGAGGCCGGCGUACACUCCUUGGUUACCGAUCAGCGUCGGCGCACCUGCCCUGCCACAUCGAAUGCUCGCCAUCUGCGACAUCUCUGCCGAUCCUGGCGGUAGCAUAGAGUUCAUGAACGAGUGCACGACGAUCGACACACCGUUCUGCCUCUACGACGCGGACCGUAACAAGGACACCAAGUCGUUCAAGGGCCCAGGUGUCCUGGUCUGUUCGAUCGACAACAUGCCGACACAGCUGCCACGCGAGGCUACCGAUUUCUUCGGUGACCUGCUCUUCCCUUACGCCCUCGACAUCAUCAGGUCGGACGCCAAGAAGCCGCUCGACGAGCACAACUUCACCCCAGCUGUGCACGGUGCCAUUAUCGCUUCGAACGGAGAGCUCACACCGAACUUCCAGUAUAUCCAGGAGUUGAGGCAACAGAACACUAUCCGCAGCAGGCACAAGGACAACGGGGACGUGUCCAAGAGUCGCACCGUGGUGGUACUAGGCGCCGGAUACGUUUCGUCUCCGCUGGUCGAGUACUUGCACCGUGACGAGGACCUGCGAAUCAUCGUGGGCUCGCAAUACAAAGACGAGGCUGACGCCCUUGCUCAGAAGUACCCGGGCGUAGAGCCAGUCUUACUGGAUGUUGUCGAGCGACCAGAGGGUCUAGACGAGAUCGUCGACACAGCAGACAUCGUUGUAUCGCUCCUACCUUACUCGCUUCAUCACAUCGUCGCCAAGAGCUGUAUCCAGUCGAAGAAACACCUCGUCACCGCCAGUUACCUUAACGACAAGGUCAAGGCUCUGCACGAGGAAGCCGAGGCUGCUGGUGUGACGAUCCUCAACGAAGUCGGUCUCGACCCAGGUAUCGAUCACCUGUUGGCUCUCGAGGUCUUCGAUGACAUUCGUCAAGCAGGAGGACGCGUCGAAUCGUUUGUUUCCUGGUGCGGUGGUCUUCCCGCUCCAGAGUGUUCCUACAAUCCUCUUAGGUACAAGUUCAGCUGGUCACCUCGAGGUGUUCUACUGAACACUUUGUCGCCCGCCAAGUAUUACCACGAGGGACAGAUAGUGGAAAUCACUGGAGGCGGUGACCUCAUGUCGACGGUACAGCAGCUGGACUUUUUACCAGGUUUCGCUCUCGAAGGUUUUCCCAACCGCGACAGUACCAUCUACAAAGAGCUCUACGGUAUCCAGCACGCGAACACGGUGCUUCGUGGUACCCUCAGAUUCCGUGGCUACUCGGACACGAUCCAAGGUCUCCAGCUUCUAGGACUCAUCGACCCCAACGCCCAUCCCAUACUUCACCCCAACGGACCUGACAUCACUUGGCGAUCGGUGGUAUGCAACCUGCUAGGUCUGGCGAACGACGACAUAUUCUACGAGAAUCUCAAGCAGAAGCUGGCUGAGCGUUUGGGCUCGGAGGAACGUGCCAAGUCGAUAGAGGAUCUGGGUCUUCUCAAAGAAGACCCGGUUCUCAAGCUUAACACGCCUCUAGACACCCUGAGCCACUAUCUGUCGAAGAAACUUGUCUAUGAGAAGAACGAGCGCGACCUGAUCAUUCUAAGGCACGAUAUCGGUAUUCGCUGGCCCGACAGUAGGUUGGAACAACGUGGUAUCAACAUGGUAACUUACGGAGAUGUCAAAGGUCACUCGGCUAUGGCCAGAACCGUCGGCUAUCCUACUGCUAUCGCCGUCAAGAUGAUUUUGGAUGGUGAGAUCCAGCAACGCGGAAUGGUGCUGCCGUUCACGCCCGAUAUCUACCGACCUAUGCUGACGAGACUCAGGGCCGAGGGUCUCGAGUCAUUCGAAACAUCGAAAUGGCUAUGAGAAAAUCGUUAUCCAACCAAAUUACAUCGCUGUACAAAAAAUUAUAUAUAUACACGUUAUGUUCAUUUUAAUUUUGAAGUUUAGGCUUAAGAUGUAAGGUUGAUGUCAUUUUCGCCGUUAUAUAAAUAUAUGACUUUUAAAGUAUAUAUAUAUUUGUGUGUGCGCA